AUGCAAAAGUCAAUUGCUGUUAUGCAAUCUGUUUGUCAAGAACUUAUGACAGGAAAUAUCACACUACAAAAUCUGAAGAAUAUUUUGUCUGCAGAAAGUAAUUUCAAAAGCAUAGUGAAAGAAAUAAAAGAUCUAAAUGUGGAUGUAGGUGCAGUUGAAGCAUCAACUGAAUUAAGACGAGAGCAGCUAUUUGCCUUUGAAUCUGAUCAAGCAGCUGUACAACAUUUUGUUUAUAUUUGUGAAAAUUCUGGAGGAAACAGUGGAGUAUUAACAGAAAGACUCAAGCGCUUUGAAAAUAUGGCAACUGUUCAGAUGAAAGACAUAUGCGUUGAGACAAAGAUAGUAAUGUUUCAAUCUAAAUGUUAUGGUGUGCACAUGGUUCAACAAGAUCAGUAUGGAGUGUUACCAUCACAUAUGCCUAUCAUUACUGCGUUUGGAUUUAGCAAAGAGCAGAUGCGUGAAUUAAAACUUAUAAUAGACUACACUAAAGGAGGAUCAUUUGUUAAUCUUUUAACAAAACAAGGAAAAAAUCUUGAAAAGUCAAAAAAUAGAAAAUUAAGUGUGAAUGAAGUGUUGACAGAUGUUUGGGAACCCGCAAAAAAGCAAUGGCAAAAUCUGUACACAAAACUAAAAAAAGGAGAAAUGCUUUUCUCAGAAUUUGAAAAGAAUUACUUAACAGAAGAUUUGAAUGAGCUGCAUGUAGAACUUUCCCAGUUUAACAAAAACCCAACAAAUAUCAGUUGGAUAGAUGAACGAAUACAUCAGUUUAAACAGUACAAAACCAUUUGCGCAUGUUCAAAAGGUGCAAAAGCUAUCCUUAAUCUAGUUGCUGAAUACAACCUGAAAGGAAGUUUUAGACAGAUAAAGGAGAUAGAUUGUUUAGCAAGAAAUGCUGAUACUACAAUGGCCACUUUGGACAAACAAAUGUUAAGAAUGUGUACCUUUGUGAGAGAAAUUAGUACGAAGAGGGCAAACUGUCUAGCCAUUUUUACUAGAUGUAAAGACUUAAUUAUGUGGCUGAGAGAAUCGAUUCAUACAAUGAAAGAUUGGAAUACUUUCAUCGAACUAGCAAGCAUGUCAAGCCGUCAAGGGGAUUUAGCUAUUGCUCGAGUUCACAGUCUGCAUGCAUCAGUAACAGGAUACGGACCACUGCUAUUUAACUAUGACGAAAACUGUGAUGAAAAUGUUUUCCUUGACAAAUGCAAUCAAAUAUGGAGAGUUAUGGAAACAGACCCAAAACUUCCAAGCAAACUGCUUGGAACAUAUAAAAGUCUGGAGUGGCUGAAAUCAGUUAAAAAAGCGCAUGGAUCUCUUGAGGUUGAUGUUCUGUCUCAGGCAGAAAAACUCAAUGCUAAAGGUGUUUAUAAAAUUGGAUACACUGGUGGCAACAAACGGCUCAAGAAACUGGUAUAUUUUGAUAAAAUACAAAUUAACGUUAGAUAA